GUCGUGGAUUUGCUUCACUUUGGUUGCUCUUCGCAGUCUGGCGGAUCCUCCCUGAAGUACCUGAGGACUCGGGGUCCAGGUCGGGAUGGUGGCUGACUGCGCAGGAUAGUGGCGGCCAUGUGGAGGUGACAGUCAGUCUGUGGACUCAGGGAGCGCAAAGGAGCUUGGACCAGGUGGACGUUGCUGGCUGACAGCGCGGUCUCGGUGCUGGCGAUGGAAGCGGAAGGCUUGGGUUGGCUUCUGGUCCCGCUGCACCAGCUGGUUUCCUGGGUGGCCGCUGGGGCCAUGGUCUUCGGAGGGGUGGUACCAUACAUCCCCCAGUACAGGGACAUCCGGAGGACUCAGAACGCCGACGGUUUCUCCACUCACGUAUGCCUGGUGUUAUUGGUGGCCAAUAUUUUACGGAUACUCUUCUGGUUUGGAAGGCACUUCGAGUCCCCGCUGCUGUGGCAGAGCAUAGUGAUGAUCCUCACCAUGCUGCUGAUGCUGAAGCUCUGCACCGAGGUCCGGGUGGCCAACGAGCUGAACAUUAAACGCCGUUCCUUUGCAGCCACAGACAGUAAGGAUGAAGAACUCAAAGUCCCCCCCAGGCGGCCCUACCUGGACUUUGACCCUCACCAUUUCUGGCACUGGAGCAGUUUUGCAGACUACGUGCAGUGUGUCCUGGCCUUCACAGGCGUGGCAGGCUAUAUCACCUACCUGUCCAUCGACUCGGCAUUGUUUGUGGAGACGCUGGGCUUCCUGGCUGUGCUGACCGAGGCCAUGCUGGGUGUGCCGCAGCUGUAUCGAAACUACCGCCACCGCUCCACGGAGGGCAUGAGCCUGAAGAUGGUGCUCAUGUGGACGAGUGGUGACACCUUCAAGACAGCCUACUUCUUGCUCAACGGCGCACCUCUGCAGUUCUCGGUCUGUGGUCUACUACAGGUCAUGGUGGACCUGGCUAUCCUGGGGCAGGCCUAUGCCUUUGCUCACCAUCCCCAGAAGCCCGCCCCCCAUGCAGUACACCCUGCCAGUGCCAAGGCUCUCUGAGGCAUCUGAGGAAGACAAGGAUAUGCGACCAAUCAGCCGUGGGUGCUGAGUGCCAACCUAUGCUUCCGCAUUAGGGAGACUGGCCCUGCGCACUCCACAGAUGAACAGGCCAGUUGUGGGCAGAGAUGUGAAGUUGAGUGUUUGUCCCCAUAGCCUUCAGGUGGGGGACUCAGGGACAGUGGAGCUAGGGCUGGCUCUGGGGUGUUUUCAAGGUGAUGGAAAAGGCAGGUGUCUUUCCUCACUUCCUUCAGACAAACACUGGCCUGACCCUGAAAGAGGUUCAUGCAGCCGAGCAAGAUGGCAGGCACAGCAACGCGCUGAGUCCCUUCCUCUCAGCCAGUUUCCCUCAGCGAGCCUCGUCUCCUAGCAGGGCUUGUGGCGCGCUAGACAGUGUGCGGUCAUAGCUGCUGGUGGCUGGUCUGUCCUCAAGCCCUGUUCUGCCCUUGUGUGCCAUGGGUGUGUCUGCUGCACCCUGUGGAGAUGGAAGUCACUGGCCUGACACUGGUCACUGUAUUUUGCCCCUCUCCUCUUUUUACUCACCAUGAGAUCAUUUUUUUUUUUUUUUUUUUUUUUGGUUUUUCGAGACAGGGUUUCUCUGUGGCUUUGGAGCCUGUCCUGGAACUAGCUCUUGUAGACCAGGCUGGUCUCGAACUCACAGAGAUCCGCCUACCUCUGCCUCCCAAGUGCUGGGAUUAAAGGCGUGCGCCACCACCGCCCGGCUCACCAUGAGAUCAUGUAUGCUUGGCAGCCCUGUGCUGACCUGGCUGGCUCCUGGGUCCAGAAUGUUCUAGAUGCUUCUGCAUAACAGUUUCUUCUCUUCUGCUGGGCAGAAGGUCUUUUUGUGCGUAUAGUGAUGCCAUCCAUCCAGUCAGCACAAUAGCUCUGAUGGUCAUGGUGGCUCACCAGAUGGCUGGAGAGGCCACACUGUGCAUCUUCAAAUUUCCCUCAGAUAGUCUAAGUGUGUGAGCAAGAUUCUUGCUUACUCCCUGGCUUGUAAGUUGUUUAUUUAAAAAAAAAAUGAAGGGGGAUGUCUGUAGUGGUAAUUGCCUCCAAAGUAAAUGCCAUCGGUUGCAGGCCCAGCUGCUGAAUGAACAUGCGCCAUGUGGUGUCUCUUAAGUCAGUAAAUCGUAUGUGGGUCUGGUGGGGAGGAUGGAAUCGCAGCAGGUGCACAAGGCAGGAGGGAUGGGAGAUGUAGGGUAGUGGGUGGUGGUACCACCAAUCUGUGUAGAAGGGUGACAGGCACUAAUUUGAGGGGCGGGUGCUGGUACAGGGUUGCACUGGGUUGAAGGGUGCAUGUGGCCCUUAGGAACCUCAGUCCAUGCAUGAGGGCAUCUGUCUGGCAUUUAAGGAUGUGGACUUGUGUGAUGAAAUGGACUCACAUUGCCCUCCAUGAAGCUAGCAGAGGGUUCCAGGUAACCCAGAGAUGUACAGUCAUGGCUGGGAUUGUGCUUUUCCAAGCUGUGGAAGUAUAAGGUUUGGGGGACUACUCUGGACCAACAGUGAGGAAAGAGAAGCUCGGGAGUGAGGCACUGCCUGGGCUUGCUUCUGUUCUCUAGCCUGGUGGGGUGCCGGUAGACUUCGGGGUCAUUGCCUGCAUGGCGGAGGCUGCACCUCACCACAGUUCUGAGCACACAACAAGCCCAGCUGGCUCUUGGGGUGUGAGAAAGACCUGCUUUCUGCAGCCCCAUCAUUGCUGUGGUUGUGGUUACUGUAAGGAUCACAGGCACCGAGGUUGCAGCCAGUGCACGGUGGUGUCUUGCCGAGUGUUUCCAUAUGACUUCACCUACGUCCCAAGAGCACUGGUUGGAAUGUGGGGAAUACGUGUUCUCUGAAACCAAACAGGAAGCUGAAGCCACUGCAUGCUCAGCCCUCUAUCCUUCUGGGAAGUUUUUCAGGAGGUGGAGGAGUCUUCCUGGAUCUCUCUAGGCAGAGAAGCCCAGAGCAGGUGGUUUGCUAGUUCAAAGGAAUGUGUCCUUCCCUGCCCACCAUUCUCAACAGAGCUGGUUGUCACCCCAUACCAUAUGGUAAUUCAAGGUGGCUUCUGACGCCCCUGGUUGAGAGUCCUGUUGGCUACUGGCCAGAAUGACAGUGGAUCCCAUGCUCAUUCCUCAUGGCUUCCCUGACUCCCAGGGGACCGCAACCUGAAGUUUCCUUUUGGGGUCUUCAUGGAGGAAGUCAGUGUCUCUGUGUAGCAGAAGUCCAUACUGUCCCUGGAGAAGAGAUCCAUCUUGAAUGCCAGCCUGGUACAGGACGUUCCCUUCUGGCUAGAUAGAUCUCUGUCUACUGGUACCAAAAUCCCUGUUGGGACCUAAGCAAGCCCAAAGCCAUUGCUGCAGGAAGGGCAGUUCACCUUGGAAGCCCCCAGACCCACCUCCAGUGUGUGUUCAAGGUCCACCCAUGUUGCUACAGGUGCUAGGGAGGCAGGCCUGAGCCCAAGGUCCACUGGGUAGCUUCUAGCUCUACCCCCUCUGGCCCUUCCAUUCCCUGCAUUUCCCCAGUUGCUUCAAAGGUGCCUUAAAAAAACUCUGUUAGCUUUGGCUUUGGUAGAUGUGGGUCCAUUAGCAAGAAGAGGACUCUGUUCUGUGGAUGGCUGCAACCACGGACUCAGCAAACCUCAUGCUAGGCUCCAGGUUUCAGCCAGGCUUGGCCAGCCCCAUCCUGAGCAGCUGUUUUCUCCAUUUGAAAGCUGAGCAUCUUUUUUGUCUCAAGGAGAUUGUCCAAAGAUUCCAGAGAAGCAGGAGAAGGUCGCCUUGUGUGGGUCACGGGCCUCCAUCUCUUCCUUGGCCCUGGAGGGUUGCUGCCGGCAAGACCAAGUUACCAGUUUGCUUCCCAGGCCUCUUAUCUCUCAUACCCAGUGCCUUGACCGGUGAAGCCCAUGUGUGUGCAUGUCUGCCACCCCUCCCCCACAUCAUAGGAAACCAACCCGCCCCCUUCUAGCUCUAGGAACCCCAGGCUCAGUGUGGACCCCACAGAACAUAAAUGAUACCCAACUGAGAGGAACUCAGCUUUCUGCUGUGAGGAAGGGCUAGCAACUUUUUAUUUGGUUGCAGUAGAUUCUUGCAAAGCCAGUGGUACGAGGGCCCCAAACGGGCCUGUCUGAGCUCAUAUAGGGGCCUUGCUGGAAGCUACUUACUAUGCAGUAGGCAGUGAUGAUGACCUGAAGACAGAGGAUCUUCCCUCCUGAUGGAGGAGGUCUAUCUCAGGUAUGGUGUGUGUGUGUGGUGGUGGUGGUGGGGGUGUUGGUGAACAUCUGAUCCUCCUGCCUCCACUUCCUAAGUGUUGUGAUUACAGGCAGGUGCCACCACCUGCAGGCUUGCUGAAAAGAGUGAAGCAAGUUCCAUUUUCCUCGCCUCCUUGGAGCAGAGAAAAGCCGUGCUUCCUUGGCGUAGCAGUGUCCCAGCAAGAGCCUCCUAGGGGUGUCCUCACCAUCUCCUCAAACUGCCCCUGUACCCCACUAGACCUGUCACCCGGGUUUUUGCUCUCACUUGAGGGAAACAUUCCAGUAGAAGAGAAUAU